AUGGGUAGGCUCCUGUCGCGCCGGUUCUUCAGCCAGGCCGCAGCCGCCGCAGGGUCGCUGUCGUCGAGGACCGCUGGAGCUAGGCUGCAGGUGCGCCUUCAAUCUCAGAGGAGGAGCGUCAGUGACGCAGCUACUGGUGCUGGCAAUCGUCGUCGACUAGGAUUCCUGGGCAGGAUCGUUAUUAGAUCUGUAUCCUGCAUCUAUGGUCUUUCCCUUUGGUUUCCGGAGGAGAUUGAAGAACAAGCCGAGAAGUAUGCCCGUCCGUCACAGAUUGACUGGGUCGAAGCUGGUGUUGUUUCUCCGGUUGUGAGGAGUCAAAAAGAUUGUGGCUGCUGCUGGGCCAUGGCUAUUGUAGCCUCAGUCGAAGCAGCACACUACAUGAGGACCUUGCGGCCGAUCUCCCUCUCAGUUCAAGAGCUUCUUGACUGCAACAGAACAAACAAUGGAUGCGAAGGUGGCAGCACUCUUCGUGCUCUCUGGUAUAUUUGGCGAAAUGGACUCUCCAGUGACUCUUCCUACCCGUACAUGGCCCAGAGAAGUAUUUCCGGUUGCAAAAGGGACAAAACAGUAGCAGCAAGGAUAUCGGGCUAUGAAUUUGUCGACCAGAACGAGGAUGCCCUGGAGAAAGCGGUAGCGAAGCAGCCCGUGGUUGUCAUCUUAAAGAACACGGCUAAUUUGGAGAAUUAUAAAGGAGGCAUCAUGGAAUAUGAAGCCUUCCCACCAACUGUAACUAAUGAAGGGCAUUUGGUCUUGGUUGUCGGUUAUGGGAUGGAUUCCGACGGCAAUAAGUAUUGGCGCUUCAAGAACUCGUGGGGAGAGGGUUGGGGCGAGGGUGGGUUUGGGAGGAUCCGCAGACACGUUGCUGAUAAGCGAGGUGUCUCCGAAUGA